UUAUAAAAGUGCUUUCACGCGCUUACGCGCACACGGCAUGCCGGCAUGCCUUUACCCCUACUAGAGAGAGAGAGAGAGAGUAAUGGAGUGAAGGGAGUCUGUUUUGACGAGAGGGAGAAAAAGAAAAGGUGAAAGUAAAAGAGACCCAAAGCUAAUCCAAACAGAAACUGGAAGCAGUUCUGGGGGUUUCGCUUACUGUUUGGUACUGUUUAGCUCUGAUUGCCGGAGGUGGAGGAGGAGAGACAGAUUCGAAGGACCGCUAAUUCGGCGGAGGAGGAAGGAGGGGCAUUAAGGCGUUUCUGUAAUUUCGACGAUAGAUGUCCGAUUCCGGAAGUCACAGCAGCUCCACAAGCGCCUACCCGUCCAGCGGCGGAAUCGGCGGGCGCGGGGGCGGCUUAUGGAAAACAAUGGCGGCGCAGCAGUCGGGAGCAGCCAUCGCCGUCACGACCUUGGCCGGUCUCGCGUUGCUCGCCGCGAUUUUAUUCACUAAAUCUAGGUAAAAGGAGAGAAGAAAGUUUAAAAGGAAAAUCAAGAUAUGAUCAACAAAUCACUGUGACAGGAAACCCUAGCAUUUGUUAGCUGUAAUUUAGUUUAAAAGAGAUAACAGAGGUACAAAAAAAAAGAAUUAGGUAGAUGAGAGCUCUAAGACGCAGUCAAACUUCGACGUCAUCUUCAAAUCCGUCGUCACCGUCAUCCUCUUCUUCUUCGUCUUCGUCAUCGUGGAUUCAUUUACGUUCAGUUCUGUUUGUUGGCAUUUCUUCCUCACCAGCUUCCCGUUCUUCCUCUGACCGGGGUCACAUCAAGUCACCAUGGUCUCGCCGUAAAAGAAAACAUGCCCUUACACCUCAGCAGUGGAGGAGAUUGUUUAUGCCAGAUGGCAAGCUUCGUGAUGGUGGAAUCAAAUUCUUGAAAAAAGUUCGCAGUAGAGGUGUUGAUCCAAGUAUCAGGGCAGAGGUUUGGCCAUUCCUCCUAGGAGUGUAUGAGUUGAACAGCUCCAAGGAGGAAAGAGAGAUUGUUAGAACUCAGAAAAGAAAGGAGUAUGAGAAACUCCGCAGACAGUGUAAAUCGCUCCUAAGACGUGGCAGUGAGAGUUUUAAGUUGAAAGUUGGAACUAGCCAUAAUGGGACUAGCACAAAUCUCAUUCAAGAUACAGAUACUUCCAGUUCCGAAGAGGUAGUUAGUGCUAGGGAGUCUCUUUCUAGUGAGGAAAGGAGCCCAGAUGUUGUGUAUUUGGAUGAAUCUUCAAGUGUGUUACUGGAGAAUGAUGAUAGUUUAAGACGAAUCACAAAUGUUGAUGCCUCCACAACAAACACUGAAUCAUCUGACUCAGAUUCCUCUGAAGAGGCUGAAGUGAUUCAGGCCUGCCCUUCAUCGGGUGGGGAGGAAAACAGUCCUGAUGUUCUUUCAGAAGAGAACACUCCUCCCGCAAGCACUGAAGUCCGAUCAAGACUACGUGCCUCUGAAGAUUAUGCUACCUGGCAGCGUAUUAUUCGUCUUGAUGCUGUACGUUCAAAUUCCGAAUGGAUAUCAUACUCUCCAUCUCAGGCUGCUGUAUCAGAUGGCAAGGCACAUCGCUUAGCAGAGUCUGUUGGGUUGAAGGAUUAUGAUCACCUGGAACCCUGUAGAAUUUUUCAUGCUGCCCGACUGGUUGCUAUUCUUGAAGCUUAUGCACUAUAUGACCCUGAGGUUGGCUAUUGCCAGGGUAUGAGUGAUUUACUUUCACCAAUAAUUGCUGUGAUCACUGAGGAUCAUGAAGCUUUUUGGUGCUUUGUCGGUCUCAUGAAGAAGGCUCGCCAUAAUUUUAGGCUUGAUGAGGUGGGAAUCCGAAGGCAACUGAAUAUCGUCUCCAAGAUAAUCAAAUCCAAGGACUCUCACCUUUAUAGGCACCUGGAGAAGCUCCAGGCGGAGGAUUGCUUUUUUGUUUACAGGAUGGUGAUUGUCAUGUUUAGGAGGGAAUUGACAUUUGAACAAACACUUUGCCUCUGGGAAGUAAUGUGGGCAGAUCAGGCAGCCAUUAGGGCUGGUAUCGGCAAGUCUGCGUGGAGUAUAAUAAGGCAGCGAGCCCCACCAACAGAUGAUUUGCUACUGUAUGCCAUUGCAGCUUCUGUAUUACAGAGAAGGAAAUUGAUCAUAGAGAAAUACAGCAGCAUGGAUGAGAUUUUACGGGAGUGCAACAGUAUGGCUGGGCAACUUGAUGUGUGGAAGCUUCUCGAUGACGCCCACGAACUGGUGGUAACCCUCCAUGACAAGAUCGAUACAUCCUUCUCAUGACUCUUCCAUUUUUUUAAAGUAUUUAUCUCCCUAAUUCAUGCCGCGGUGGUUCCUUUCACCAUCUGUGUUACUUCCAAGGCUAUGCUAUACCACUCAUUCCUCAACUAUUUGCUUUUGAAAAGGUCAGUUAAGAUUGGCAGAGUGCAAUUGAACAGCUGAGUCUCAUUUAAAAUUUUUAACGGUGCAUUGAAUUGCACCAGUUUUUUGGCAUAAAAGAUUAUCACUGUAAUCAAGAUAUUCAAUGGCAAAAGCUAGACAGGGAGGGAAGCCGGCCUGUAUUACUCCCACUCAAUGACCAAACCCCAGUGUGUACCAUAUGGCUUCAGGAAUGUGUCAGUAAAAUUAUUACUCCUUUUAUUUUAAUUAAUUUUAUUUUCUUUUUUAUUUUUCUGUUACUAUAUUAUUGUUUUCAUUGUUAACUACCGUAUGAUUUAUGAACGAACUUGUUGUAAGAAUAUAAAGCUUUUUUUCUCCUUUCUUAGGUCA